ACUGACCACAAAGCAUUUUACCGGUACAGAACCACAGCUGUCCACUCUUUGACCCAGACUUUUGGACCGGAAGAACCCACCUCGGAUCUCGUCUCCAUCUCCAACCUGCGCUGUCUAAACUGACUUUCCAUUCUGUUGAGGGACAAAUAAAGACAGGAAAUGACCGGGGUGUGGAAGGGACUGUCUACAUGUUGGUGUCUGUUGAUGCUGAUUCAUUGUCUGGCUCAGACAGAUGCAGCCUUCACAUGCAGCUCCACUCAGUUUAAGUGUGGAAACGGGAGAUGCGUCACCCGCCGGUGGCUCUGUGAUGGCUCCGACGACUGUGGCGAUGGGAGUGACGAACUAACAGCUGUCUGCUCGGAAAAAUCAUGCAUGGAGUCCCAGUUCAACUGUGGAGCGCCUUUGAACCACUGCAUACCAAAGAGCUGGCAUUGUGAUGGCAAAGCUGACUGUGACAACGGGGCUGAUGAGAGAAACUGCACUAUAAAAGAAUGCAAGACCGAUGAGUUUAGGUGCACCAAUGGUCAGUGUAUAUCCAAGGCUUAUGUUUGUGACAAAGACAAGGACUGCUCUGAUGGCUCAGACGAGGUGGACUGUCCCAAGCCCACCUGCCACCCUCGGUCCUUCCAGUGCAACAAUUCAAUUUGCGUGUCAUUGCUGUGGAAAUGUGACGGAGACAGGGACUGUCUGGACGGGUCUGACGAGUGGCCGGAGAACUGCGAGGGGAAGCAGACGAAGAAGCCAUCGCAAUGUGGCGCCCAUGAUUUUGAGUGCUCAAACGGGGAAUGUAUUCAUGGGGCAUGGAGGUGUGAUGGAACUCCCGACUGCUCAGACCAGUCAGAUGAAUUCAACUGCAGUCAGCCUAGUUGUCAUGAUGGUCAAUUCCAGUGUGGCAACGGUGUCUGUAUCAGUGAAACCCUGAAGUGUAACUCCGCGAACGACUGUGGGGACAACAGUGAUGAAGUGGGCUGUCAAACAGAUAAUGUGUGUGAAGGUCCAACCAACUUCAAGUGUGGCAGUGGGGAGUGCAUCAGCAUGGACAAAGUAUGUGACUCAAACAGAGACUGCAACGAUCAGUCAGACGAAUCUCUUAAGUGUGGCAAAAACGAGUGUUCAACAGGAAAUAACAGUUGUUCUCAUCAAUGCAAUGACCUGAAGAUUGGCUACAACUGCUCCUGCCCUGCAGGAUACAGACUGAAGAGUGACAAUCAAACCUGUGAAGACAUUGACGAAUGUGAGGUGCCAGACACCUGCAGUCAGAUCUGCAUCAACCUGCCUGGAAGCUAUAAGUGUGACUGCAACGACGGCUAUCAAAUUGAUCCAGUGAGCAAAACAUGCAAGGCUGAAUCAGGGACAAUUGCCACUCUGUUCUUCACCACCAAGCACGAGGUCAGGGAGCUCACAGUGGACCGCAGUGAGUAUACCAGGCUGAUCCCAGAGCUGAAAAAUGCCGUGGCUCUGGAUCUGGACAUUCCAAACAAGAAGAUCUUCUGGUCGGACCUCUCUCAGAAGAAAAUCUUUAGCUCAAACAUAGACAUGGCCAGCAACUCUGCUAACCACAAUGUUGUGAUUGAAAAUGGGAUUGAAGCCCCAGAAGGCCUUGUGGUGGAUUGGAUCCAUGGCAACAUCUACUGGACUGACAGCACCUUGAAGAGCAUCUCUGUGGCAACUACAGAAGGCAACAAAAGGAAGACCCUCAUCAAUGAGAAACUUGGGAGGCCUAGAGCCAUCACAAUUGACCCAGAAAAUAACUUUAUGUACUGGACUGACUGGGGAGAGGAGGCUAAGAUUGAGAAGUGUGGACUCAACGGAGUCGGUCGUGUUGCCUUGGUGACAGAUAACAUUGAAUGGCCCAAUGGCAUCACCCUUGAUAUGGUAAACCAGCGUCUAUACUGGGUGGAUGCCAAGCUGCAUGCUAUCUUCAGUGUUGAUGUUAACGGAGGGACCAGACACACGAUCAUAUCUGGUGAAGAAAACGUCCAUCAUCCCUUCUCACUGACUGUCUUCGAGGAGAAAGUUUUUUGGACAGAGUCCUUCCGUGGCACAGUUUCCAGUGCUAACCGUCUGACAGGAAAUGACAUCAACGAGUUGGCGACUGACCUGCAAAAUCCAGAGGCCCUUGUUCUUUACCACAACCUGAAGCAGCCAAUCAGCAUAAACUGGUGCAGAGUGGGUAACAGCAUAAAUGGAGGUUGUGAGCACCUGUGCCUUCCUGCUCCUCUGCUUGACGAGAGCUCUCCGAAAUACACCUGUGCCUGUCCAGACAACAUGGUCCUGGCCCCUGAUAUGAAGAAAUGUGUGGGAGCUGCACCUCCUGCCAGGACUGACCCACCAAAAACGUUGUCCAAGACAACCACCAGUAAACCAGCCACACGUGGCACCACUAAAGCUGCUAAGAUACCCACAACUAGCUCAUCUGUCCAGCCUAAACCUGCUGGCACUCCUCAAGGCUUUCAAAAAGCUGUGAUGCCUGAGGAAGCUCCUGCAUCUCAUCCUGUUGCUCUCUACAUUUUUCUACCACUCGGAAUCAUAGCAGCACUGGUGUGUGGAGCAGUGUUGUUUUGGAGAAACUGGCACAGGAAGAACACCAACACCAUCCACUUUGCCAAUCCCGUGUACCAGAAAACCACAGAGGACGAGGUGCACAUCUGCAGGAAUGGUUCCGACGGCUUCGUCUAUCCUGAGAGGCAAAUUGUGAGCAUGGACGACAUGGAGAUUGCAUGAUCUGAAGAAUUUUAGCUGAAGAUCUUUUUUUCCUCUGAGGAAACAAGACCUGCUUCUUCACAAGCCCUCCCCUUUUUCCGGUGACCUCCUUUUGUUGUUUGUUUUCGACCUGAGCACUGUGCCUUACAAGCCUGCAAAAGAGCUUCUCUUAUCUCUAGCAUGGCAAACGGAAGCAUGGGUACAAGCAGGCACUCUUUUUUUUUUUUCUAAGUAAAAGAGCAGCGCAAUAACAGAAGAUGAUGCUAAUCUGGGACCUUUGACUCUUUUGAUGCUGCUUGAACGCACUUGGUAACAAAAAUCACGUCAAAAAUGUAAAAAAAAUUACGUCACGUCAAUCAAGCCUACUGAAACUUACAUUUUGCAUUUAUUGUAUUUAUUACAUAACAAAUGUUUUCACUGCAAUGCAUGUCCGACUCUAAAGUCCUUAACUGUAAAGUCUUACCAGUUCAUGUGUGCCUUGUAAUGACACUCCAGUAGUUGGAAGAAAUGUAUCUGAAGCCUUACUGAUCCCUCUGCCUUCCACACCGUGGCCUUUUCUCACUUGGAAACCAGGGUUGUGCAUUUUAUUUGGCUCCCAUGUCAAACAACCUUUUGUUGUAAUCUGUAAUAUUCAUCUGCAACAUUUUAACAUUGCUGCUGUCUUUGUUUUGUCCAAACACCAAAUACGCUGCGGCUGUUUGGAGCCAUAGGUGGUUUACAUUUUGAAAUGCAGAAGCUGCUGAGUCAUUUUGACAUCAACCAAAGUGAAGAAAACUUUCUUUUUUGUUGUUAAUAAGUAAUUGUAGCUGACUACCUUUUGCAACAUUGUAAGUAGUUGUAAAUAUUUUUGUAAGAUGUCAACUUGCUCAUAUUUGUAAAUAGAACAAAGAAGUACGUGAUUAGUUGUUUUAUUUAUUUAUGGUUCGUUUUAAAUUGUUCCCAGGUGGCUGUAAUGAAUAUCUCUAAAUGGUGAAGUCUGACCUGAACACUGUGCAGCUAUAAUUUAACUGAUUUCAGGGAAGGCUUUGAAUGGUUUGGUUUUGCAUAAAAGACAGUGCACCAGGGUUACUGCUUUACUUUGCACCAGAGAGCAACUGUUUAUGGUGUCAUAGCAAGAAUGGAGAGACCUUCUGUUCCUCUUUUCCCUGCAUGUGGUCUCUCUCAUGACUCAGAUUAUUUAUUGUGCUUCCUGUGUUCUGUUACUGUGAUGGCCUGAUUGUAUCGUGGGAUUCAUGCUGCAUUUGAGUCCCCUGGAAAUUAUCACUACUCUGAUCUGGGAAUGAGUACACCAUCUGCUUGCCGUUGAAGUCGGCAAGCAGAUGCAUGUACUGAUUUAAUUUGUUUUAAAUAACUGCAUUCUGUGCUCUGGAACACUAAAGAAAAAGUUAUUUAUGAAGCUUUUAGUAUAUUUUACAUGCACAAGCACUCAUGUGAAAUCUCAAAUUCAGAGCUGGUUGCAGAAUUCCGACUUCCUAAGUCUGGAACCAGGGAGCCUCAAAUGCAGCAUACAAUAUUUUUCAAAAGACAUGAUGUUUUCUUUCUGUGCAUUAUAUACAUGUUGAAGUUUGUGAGGCUGAUGCACAGCUGAUAGCUUGUUUGUUCUCUUCACCUUGUUCACUUUUGUUUGAGGAGAUAAUUUUGUCUGAAAUAAACAAGUUUGAAUGUU